AUGAAUGCUGCGCUUAUAACGAUUGCAAUUACAAACAACAUAGCAUUUAUCUUUACAAUUCAAUUUUUUAGGGAAAAAGUCCUGGAAAUGUUCUACCAUGGCUACAACGCGUAUAUGACGAAUGCUUAUCCCGCAGAUGAAUUAAUGCCUUUAAGCUGUCGUGGACGUAUCCGUGGAGUAGAACCGGAUCGCGGGGAUAUUGAUGAUGCACUUGGCAAAUUUCAACUGACUUUGAUUGAUACUCUGGACACGCUAGCUGUAUUAGGAGAUGUUGCAGAAUUUAAUAAAGCUGUCCGUUCAGUUAUCAAUACGGUAUCCUUCGAUACCGAUAUUGUUGUUUCAGUAUUUGAAACAAAUAUUCGCAUUUUAGGCGGACUUCUGGGAGGCCAUGCCGUCGCAGCCCAUCUUAAAGAAAGCGGAAGACCUGAAUUACAAUGGUAUAAUAACGAGUUGCUAGAUAAAGCAAAAGAUAUUGGUAAUCGUCUACUACCGGCUUUUAAUUCGCCUACUGGGAUACCAUAUCCUAGAGUUAAUCUCAAGUAUGGCAUCAAUAAAGAAUUAUCUACCAGCAGUACUGGACGUUCUACUUGUUUAUCUUGCGCAGGAACAGUUUUGCUAGAAUUUGCUGCGCUUAGCCGGUGGUCCCAAAAUGCUACUUUUGAGUUAAAAGCCCGACUGGUAAUGAAGCAAUUAUGGAAACGUCGACAGCGACAUAGCAAUUUACUGGGUCAAACAAUCGAUGUAAAUGAUGGUGACUGGAUAACAAAAGAUAGUGGAGUUGGUGCAGGCUUCGAUUCGUACUAUGAAUAUUGUCUAAAAGCUUAUAUUUUACUUGGUGAUGAAACGUUUCUCCAUCGAUUCAAUACGCAUUACGAAGCCAUCAUGAACUACAUUAGCCAAGGACCAAUGCUUGUAAAUGUAUUAAUGCAUCGACCACGAUAUGCCUCUCGCCCGUACAUGGAUGCUUUACAAGCUUUUUGGCCUGGAUUACAGGUAUUGAAAGGAGACCUAAAGUCUGCUGUGAUAACACAUCAAUGGUUGUAUGAGAUUACAAAAAAACAUAAUUUUAUUCCUGAGGCCUUCACGCCUAAUCUGGGUGUAUACUGGCCUCAUCAUCCACUUCGUCCAGAAUUUGCUGAGAGCACCUAUUUUUUAUAUAAGGCAACCCGUGACCCAUUUUAUUUAGAGGUAGGUAAAUCCAUCGUAGAAAACUUAAACAACUACGCUCGUGUUCCGUGCGGAUUUGCUGCACUAAAAGAUGUUCGUACAUUGAGUCAAGAAGAUAGAUUGGAUUCUUUCGUCUUUGCCGAGACUUUUAAGUAUCUUUACCUCCUAUUUGCGGAAAAGGAAGAUGUGAUUUUACCAAUCGAUAACUUUAUUUUUACUACUGAAGCUCAUUUAUUGCCUUUAUCACUAUCCAACAUUCGUAUUUCCGAGAUCGAUCGUGUCAUGGAAAAUAAAACUAUUAAUUUUACCAUGGAUGCCUCGACUUGCCCUGCAAAUAAUGAUAAAUCCAACAGUUUUUCAAAGUUUACUAUGAAUUUGCGUUCAGGAACUACUGAAAAACAAUGUGACCCAAAAGAUGCAUCACAGGCUAUAAACGCAGACAAUCUCAAAUUAAAGCCCUCUGACCUGGUGAUCGGUAAUUUAGAACAUCAGAAACUUUUACAAGAAAUGGGCGUACAGAUCGUUUCAAUACAAGAUGGCCGCUUACACUUACAACAUAUGCCUAGUAUUGCAAAAUCACCAAAAGAUGCAGAAUUAGGCUUAGAAUUUAUGCGACAAGUCAUUGAGGUUAAUCGUAUUAUCAAAGAAAAUCCCGUAAUCCAACCUCGCGUAGUUCAGCUUCUUUCCGCGCCUCAUAAUGGACUUGUAACUUUAUCAGCGGGCCCGGCGCAAUUUGGAAAAAAUUUGACGGCAAAAUAUCAUGUAAGAGGGUUUGCAGCCAUAUCAAAUCCUGUUAGUGGAUGUACCGCUUUAAAUAACUUCGAUGACGUAUCUGGGAAAAUAGUCAUUACUAAGCGUGGUGAUUGCAUGUUUAUCGAUAAGGCCAGAAAUGUUCAAGCAAGUGGAGCGAUAGGCUUGAUAGUAAUAGAUAAUACCGAGGGAAGUUCCGCACAUUCCCAUCAGGUGUUUGCUAUGAGCGGGGAUCAAAAUAACGAUAUUAAAAUACCGGCAGUGUUCCUUUUCCAGAAAGAAGGAAAGAUACUUAUUGAGGCGGUACGGAACAGUGACUCUAAAUUUGAGAUCCUUUUAGGAGCACGAGCUAUUAGUAGUAAGUUAAAGUGGUCAUUUCUAUUGAUGUAA